AAAUAAAUACUAUAUCAAGAAAGAAAAAAAAGCUCAAAGUACUUGUUAACUUUCUUCAAUUGACAAGUUGCUUUUUGGAUGUUGGAUUUUUGUUGACUUUAAAGAUUAAAAGAUUCCAAAUCUUUUUAAGUUUAAUUUCUUGAAUUUUUGUUACAAAAUAUUAACUGGUGAUCAGAUGAAGAAAAAACCAAAGUUAUCUUGAGAAAUUGCUGGUGGGGUUAAUCAGAUCCAUGAAACCCAUGUUCCAUGUGUUGAAAUCUUGAUAAAGUUUCGAUCUUUUUAUGUUAUUCUGAUUAUUAAGGUUUGUUGGUAUGUAUUAUAUAUGUGAAAUUAGGGUUUCAAGUUGUUAUUUUGUUGUUUGAUUGAAGAAUCUUGGAUCUUUUAGUAAUAUAUUUAAGAAAGUUUAAGACUUUUAAGUAAAGUUUGUAGUUCCAAAGAUAUUCUCAUACUAUCAACUCUAUUGACAAUUUUAUGCUUGAUCAACUCUAGGAUGUUGCUUAUGUGACCUGGCUUUAGCUUUAGAAGGAAAAGAUUAAGGAAUUAAUGUUGUAUUUGAAGUAGUUGAGAGGUCAAUAAUCGAGUUUAUGUCUAGGAGAAAGUAAAAAAAGAUUAGGUUGAUAGAAGAUAUAGUACCAGCUAUUUCAGUUUCAUUUAAAUGGAAGUCGUGUGGAUUUUAGUCAAAUCAUGCUACCUGCUCCUGUGUUUCCCGGAUCGACGAGUGAUUACAGUAUUCUUGUAGUUGGGAGAUCUGGUUUUCCGGAGAGUAUUCAAGAAAUAGGAAGAAACGGGCCGGUUAAUGGUGAUAUUAUAAUGCAAGAAAACGACGUAGAUGAAAUUAUGACAAUCGGGAGUCAAUCAAGUUCUAUUAGUUUGCCGAUCACAGUUGCGAUAAAGGCUAUAGAUAAAGGUCAAAUAGUUGCUGAAGUAAUAAGUUUAGGUGAAGAAACAAUCGAUAGUAAGAUUGGGCAUACUGUAAAAGCAUCAGUGGUGGUUCUUGCAGAUCAGAGUCAACAUAAGGUUGUAAGGAGUGUUUUUGAAUUAGAAUGUGUUCCACUUUAUGGUUCUCAUUCAGUUAUUGGCAAAAGGCCAGAAAUGGAAGAUGCGGUUAUUAAUGUUCCUGACUUUAUGAGAAUUCCUGUUAAGAUGUUAGCUGCGGAUCAUAUUAUUAAUUUAGUGAAUCCGAGUUUGAAUGACCUGACAGCACAUUUCUUUGGAGUAUAUGAUGGUCAUGGAGGUUGCCAGGUGGCCAAUUAUUGUCGUGACCGUGUUCAUAAUACUCUAGAGGAGGAGAUCAAGGUUAUGAAGCAAGAAAUAGUCAAAGGAACCAUGAAUAAUACUGUACAAGCUCAGUGGGAAAAAGCCUUCACUAAGUGCUUUCAGAAGGUCGACGAUGAAGUUGGAGGAAAGACAGGUAUAGGCAUUGAUGGAUCGAACCCUCCUCUUGAACCAGUAGCCCCAGAAACUGUGGGGUCUACUGCUGUGGUGUCGUUGAUUUGUUCAUCACAUAUCAUCGUUGCAAACUGUGGUGAUUCAAGAGCCGUCCUUUAUCGUGGCAAAGAAGCCAUCCCUCUGUCAACUGAUCAUAAACCGAAUCGCGAAGAUGAACAUGCGAGGAUUGAGGCAGCAGGUGGCAAGGUCAUACAAUGGAAUGGACAUCGUGUUUUUGGUGUUCUUGCAAUGUCAAGAUCUAUCGGUGAUGGGUAUCUGAAGCCUUGGAUAAUACCUGAUCCCGAAGUCACUGUUACUCCUCGAGCUAGAGAAGACGAGUGCCUUAUUCUUGCUAGUGAUGGGUUGUGGGAUGUUAUCUCAAAUGAAGAAGCAUGUGAAGUAGCUAGAAAACGGAUUCUUGUUUGGCAUAAAAAGAAUGCUGGAUUGCCGCUUGAAAGGGGAGUAAGAGGAGCUGAUCCUGCAGCACAAGCAGCAGCCGAUUAUCUCACCAUGCUAGCUCUACAGAAAGGAAGCAAGGACAACAUAUCUGUGAUUGUGGUGGACCUCAAAUACCAGAGGAAGUUCAAAGCAAAACCUUGAUAAUAGUAGUAGUUGUAUAUGUUCACCCAUCAUUUUCUUUAAUAUAGUUUUUGUGCAACUUCAAAGAAACGAAGUGCAUCUUUUUGUUACAUAACUUGGGCCGUCUUUGAUAAUGUUUAUAACUAUGUAUGAGGAUUGCUUUCUCUUGAUGUCAGGCAAUGAGCUCUGCCAAGUUUAUAUCCAUGGCAUGUGUAACUUAGGGAUUUGAACGAUUUAUACUUCAAGAAUAAGCUACAGAAUUGUAUGUGCAUUUUUUUAGGCCAAUUUGGUCAUUUGAAAGUUU